UAUUUUGAAAGUGACCCUGGGCUGGGGCGGCCGCGGGGCGGCGGGCAGAGGCGCGGCGGGCGCGCGGGAACCAUGACAGAAGAUGACCGAGGCGGCGCUGGUGGAAGGCCAGGUCAAGCUGCGGGACGGCAAGAAGUGGAAGAGUAGGUGGCUGGUGCUGCGCAAGCCGUCGCCGGUGGCAGACUGCCUGCUGAUGCUGGUCUACAAGGACCGGUCGGAGCGCGCCCGGGGCCUGCCGGAGCGCGGCAGCCAGACGCUGGAGCGCAUCUGCGGCCUGGAGCCGGGGCUGCCCUACGAGGGCCUGGCCCACACGCUGGCGGUCGUCUGCCUGCCGCAGGCGGUCAUGCUGGGCUUCGACAGCCACGAGGCCAUGUGCGCCUGGGACGCCCGGAUCCGCUGCGCGCUGGGCAAGGUGCACAGGUUCCACGUGACGGUGGCCCCAGGCACCAAGCUGGAGAGCGGCCCUGCCACCCUCCACCUCUGCAACGACAUCCUAGUCGUGGCCCGAGACGUCCCUCCCGUCGUCACGGGCCAGUGGAAGCUGUCCGACCUCCGGCGCUACGGGGCCGUGCCCAACGGGUUCAUCUUUGAAGGCGGGACCAGGUGUGGGUACUGGGCCGGGGUCUUCUUCCUGUCCUCCGCGGAGGGCGAGCAGAUCAGCUUCCUGUUCGACUGCAUCGUUCGCGGCAUCUCCCCGACCAAGGGCCCUUUUGGGCUGCGGCCGGUUCUCCCAGACCCCAGCCCCGGGGGACCCGCCGCCGCCGAGGAGCGAGUGGCCCAGGAAGCCCUGGAAGCGCUGCAGCUGGAGAAGCGGCUCAGCCUCCUCUCCCACCUCGGCCGGCCCGGCAGCGGAGGGGACGACCGCAGCCUGUCCAGCUCGUCGUCAGAAGCCAGCCACUCGGACGUCAGCGCCAGCAGUCGGCUCGCCGCCUGGCCAGAGCAGUCCUCGUCCUCGGCCAGCACGUCGCAGGAGGGGCCCGGGCUGGCGGCGGCCCAGGCCCCGGGGGAGGCCGUGCUGGGCGCCUCUCGGCCGCCUCCCAAGCCGCCGAGGCCGCGGCAGCUGCAGGAGGUGGGCCGCCAGAGCUCCUCGGACAGCGGCAUCGCCACGGGCAGCCACUCCUCCUACUCGGGCAGCUUCUCCUCCUGCGCCGGGAGCAGCCUGGACGUGUGGCGCGGCGGCGAUGAGCUCGGCUCGCUGCUCAGCCUGCCACCGGCGGCGGGGGCGCCCGAGCCCAGCCUGUGCGCCUGCCCGCCCGGGACAGCGGAGUACCAGGUGCCCAGCGCCCUGCGGCCCCAUUACGACACGCCCCGCAGCCUGCGCCCGGCCCCCAGGGACCAGACCCCCGCUGCCCAGGGCGGCCCCGACGGCAGUGCAGCCGGGGACCCCGGCGGCCAGACGCCCACAGGCUGCCCCUCUGGUGCGAGGCGGCGGGGACAGGAGGCGGAGGCCCCGGGCGGCGAGGCCGCCCGAGUGCCCUGGGAAGCAGGCGGCCCCCACGCGGGGCCCCCUCCGGCCUUCUUUUCCACGUGCCCGACCUGCGGAGGGCUCAAGGGAGCGGCGGCCUCACCCCCCGGGUUCCCGGCGCCUUCAGGGGCCCUGGGGCCCGAGAGGCCCAUCAGCGAGGCGCCCACCUACGUGAACAUCCCCGCCAGCCCCUCCCCCAGGACACAGCUGCACUACCUGGGCCUGGGGCUCCCAGAGGCCAGCGUUGGGGUCCGAGGGGCCGGCGCCGCCCACUACGCCCAGAUCGACCUUGCGGCCACCGCGGCGGCCCACAGGGCGGGCACGCAGCACGCACAGGCACGAGAGGAGCGGCUGGCCGAGCUGGAGCCCCGGAGGAAGGGGGCCCCUCGCUGAGUGGCCCGCGCUCCCAUGGCGGACAGCUGCGUGUGGUGGAGCGGUGGUGCUGGGCCAGGACAGCAGCCUCCCUCGCCUGCACCAGCUUCUGAGCUGGGGGUCCAGGGGGCGGCAGCAGGCUCGGCCCUGAGCCCUGGGGUGGGGUGGCAGGGCCCUGGGGCUGUGCCAGCAAACAAGUGAGGUCCAGGGCUGAGAAGGCUCUGCCCCCAGCCCUGGACACAGUUCAAAGGUACAGGGCUCUCCUUUUAAGCUGCAAGCGGGGGGCAAGGCAUGGCCAGCGUGCCCCGGCCCAGGGCUGCAGCGCACCAGGCCCCUCCGGUGGGGGGCCCAGACACCCACGCCACCACCUUCGCACCUCGGGAGAGAGGCGGUGUCACUGUCCAGUCACAGACCUCAGGGAGGGCACGGUGUCA